AUGGUCGCUCAACAAAUCAAUGGGGUUCAAUUUCUCUACUCCUGUGAGGUGGUAUUUGCCCAGUCAAUCGGGAUCAAACAAGCUUGCACGAUCUCAGUCACCACGAAUACUCUCUGGGUUGUCGCAGUCGGUAUAUCAGUCGUUCUGGGUAACAACUCGCCUCGGCGGACCAAUCUGAUAGUCACCACAAUCAUAAUGCUGUUGACAUACAUCAUUAUCGGCGGCUUCGGUGCCGGUCCAUAUACCAAAGCCAGUUUCAGCACGACCAUAGUUGCUAUCUCUUACAUUAUCAUUGCGGCCUUCAAUUUCAAUUUCGGACAUGGGCCUUUGACCUUCACAAUCGCAUCAGAAAUGGCGGUUGGCCGGAAUCGCAGUGAUAUCAUGCCAACCUCUGUUGUCUCCUUCUUCACGGUCUAG